GUGACAAUAAAAUAAAGCAACUUAUUUAAUUGUCGAGACGUCAAGAGAGAUUUAGUUUAUAUAAAAAUUUCAUUGUUGUGGUAUCGUAGAAUGUUGAGUCUAACUUAUCAAACAUUUUUGCUCACAUCUUCUUUUUCCCCUCUCCCCACCCCGAUUGCUUCGCCUCAAUGCACAUUCUAGUCACCAGGCUACCAUCGAAAACGGUAAAAAUGUCGACUUUGCCGGAGUGCAUGAAAGUGUUGAUCAAAGAAGAGGAGAAAUCGUCUUAUAUUUACAAAGACAUCCCUGUGCCACAACCUAACACAGGAGACUUGCUUUUGAAAGUCCUUAAAGUUUCUAUAUGUGGCUCAGAUACCGUUCUCUAUCAAUGGAAUGAAGCUGCAAGGACAAUAGCAACCUUACCUUUCAUUCCUGGUCAUGAGUGUGUGGGAGAGGUUGUGCAGGUCGGCCCAGGUUGUGGAGAUGAAUUUUCAGUUGGUCAACGAGUCUGUUGUGAGAAUCACUUCUACUGUGGAAAAUGCUAUCAGUGUUUGCAUGGUAAGAGAUGCACAAUUCAACUGGUUUUGACUCUGAGUCAGUCAGUGUGCAGCUCUGAAGAUAACAUAAGGUUUGUUGAAAACAUUGCACAUUGUACGUUUCUUUGCAGAAAAGGGGGAAAGGUCGUCCUGGUAGGACUUCUUAAGCAACCCCUUCAUGUAGAGAACUUUCUUCAAGAUAUUUUGUUCAGGUCUUUAACAAUAAAGACCAUUCAUGGCAGAAAGAUUUACAGCACUUGGGAAAAGUCAGAGGAGUUAUUAUUUAACAACAAAGUUGAUGUUACUCCUGUGAUCACUCAUGAAAUUCCAAUGAGCCAAUUUGAACAGGCCUUCAAGUUACUCAAGUCAGGGAAAGGCUGUAAGAUUAUGGUUGAUCCACACACGUAACAAUGACAAAGGCAUAUUACACUAUUUGAGUAAUAUCUGCAACUUAGGAUUUUUGAAUUUAAUAUUAGGCGGAACAAUGUAAUUAAACAAGGUAACAAAUUUAAUAAAAUAAAAUUAGAACUGAAUUCGCCACUAGAGAAGAAAUCUAGGGAGAGCAUCAUCUC